UGUAAAGGCAGUCAGACAUCCAGCAAAGAAAUUACUCCUCUGGUUCACUCCUCCUGAACUGAACCUCCUCUUUACAACAAAAUGAUGCCCAAGUCUGUCACAGAAAGCUUUGCCAAAACGAUCCAUGGCUUGAAAGUGGGACACCUGACAGAUCGCGUUAUUCAGAGGAGCAAGAGGAUGAUUCUAGACACUCUGGGUGCUGGGUUCUUGGGAACCAGUACAGAAGUGUUUCACAAAGCCAGCCAAUACAGCAAGAUCUACAGUUCCAACAUAUCCAGCACUGUUUGGGGUCGGCCGGACAUCAGGCUCCCACCCACAUAUGCUGCUUUUGUGAAUGGUGUGGCUAUUCACUCCAUGGAUUUUGAUGACACGUGGCACCCUGCCACCCACCCUUCUGGGGCUGUCCUUCCUGUCCUCACAGCUUUAGCGGAAGCCCUCCCAAGAAGUCCGAAGUUUUCUGGCCUUGACCUGCUGCUGGCUUUCAAUGUUGGUAUAGAAGUGCAAGGCCAAUUACUGCAUUUCGCCAAGGAAGCCAAUGACAUACCAAAGAGAUUCCAUCCCCCUUCUGUGGUAGGAACGUUGGGUAGUGCUGCUGCUGCGUCCAAGUUUUUAGGACUUAGCUUGACAAAGUGCCAAGAAGCCCUGGCCAUUGCUGUUUCCCAUGCUGGAGCGCCCAUGGCAAAUGCUGCCACUCAAACCAAGCCCCUCCACAUUGGCAAUGCUGCCAAGCAUGGGAUAGAAGCUGCUUUUCUGGCAAUGCUGGGUCUCCAAGGAAACAAGCAGAUCUUGGACUUGGAGGCAGGACUUGGGGCCUUUUAUGCCAACUAUUCCCCAAAAGUGCUUCCAAACCUACAUUCCUACAGUUGGCUGCUGGAUCAGCAGGAUGUGGCCUUUAAGCGUUUUCCUGCGCAUUUAUCUACCCACUGGGUGGCAGAUGCAGCUGCAUCUGUAAGAAAGCACCUCGUAGCAGAGAAAACCCUGCUUCCAAUUGACCACAUUAAGAGAAUUGUGCUCAGGAUUCCAAAAGUCCAGUAUGUAAAUAGGCCCUCUCCAGACUCGGAACAUGAAGCCCGUCAUUCAUUCCAGUACGUAGCCUGUGCCAUGUUGCUUGAUGGUGGCAUCACUGUCCCCUCAUUCCAUGAAUGCCAGAUCAACAGGCCACAGGUGAGAGAGCUGCUCAAUAAGGUGGAGCUGGAGUACCCUCCAGACAACUUGCCAAGCUUCAACACACUGUACUGUGAAAUAAGUGUCACCCUCAAGGAUGGAGCCAUCUUCACAGAUCGCUCUGACACCUUCUAUGGUCACUGGAGAAAACCACUGAGCCAGGAGGACCUAGAGGAAAAGUUCAGAGACAAUACCUCCAGGAUGCUGUCCUGUGACACAGUGGAAAGCCUUAUAAAGAUAGUCAAAAAUCUAGAAGACCUAGAAGACUGUUCUGUGUUGACCACACUUCUCAAAGGACCCUCUCCACCAGAGGUGGCUUCAAACUCUCCAGCAUGUAAUAAUUCCAUCACACAAUCUCUCCUGAGACUUACCAACAUCUAAAUGACUUUGCAUUUGGGGAGAUUCAAUGACCUCGCCUUUCUCUCUGACUGCCCUUAACAUUUUUUCCUUCAUUUCGACCUUGGAGAAUCUGAUGAUUACAUGUCUUGGGGUUGAUCUACUCAUGGCGUAUCUUAGUGGUGUUUUCUAUGUUUUCUGAAUUUGAAUGUUGGCCUGUCUUGCUAGGUUGGGGAAGUUCUCCUGGAUAAUACCCUGAAGUGUGUUUUUCAAGUUGGUUCCAUUCUCCCCAUCUCCUUCAGGUACUCCAAUCAAUUAUAGGUUUGGUCUUUUUUCAUAGUCCCAUAUUUCUCAAAGGUUUUUUUUGUUGUUGUUCCUUCUCAUUCCUUUUUCUCUAAUCUUGUCUGUGUGCCUUAUUUCAGCAAAAUGGUCUUCAAACUCUGAUAGCUUUUAUUCUGCUUGGUCAAUUCUGCUAUUGAUAUUUGUAUAUGUUUUUCAAAGUUUUCAUGCUGUGUUUUCAGCUCCAUCAGGUCAUUUAUGUUCCUCUCUAAACUGGUUAUUCUAGUUAGCAGCUCCUGUAACCUUUUAUUAAGGUUCUUGGUUUCUUUGCAUUGGGUUUAGAACAUGCCCCUUUAGCUCAGCAGAGUUUGCUAUUAUCUAUCUUCUGAUGCCUACUUCUGUUGAUUCAUCCAUCUCAUCCUCCAUUCAGUUAUGCGCUUGCUGGAGAGGUGCUGCAAUCAUUUGGAGGAAAAGAGGCACUUUGGCCUUUUGGGUUUUCAGUGUUUUUCAUUGAUUCUUUCUCUCUUGAGUGAGUUUCUCUCUUGAGAAACUCUUCAAGAGUUUCAAUCUUUGAGGCUUUUGACCCUUGGAUGAGGUUUUUGUGGGGACUUUUCUGUUGAUGCUGUUGUUACUGUUUUCUGUUUGUUUUUCUUUCAAUGGUCAGGUUCCUCUGCUGCAGGACUGCUGCAGUUUGCUGGGGGUUCACUUUAGACCCUAGUUAUCUGGUUCGUUCCUGCACCUGAAGAUGUUACUCAAGGUGAGAAGGCUGGAGAAUAGCAAAGAUAGGUGCCUGCUCCCUCCUCUGGGAUCUCAGACCUCAAGGGGCACUGACCUGAUGCCAGGAGGAACGUUCCUGUAUAGGGUGUCUGACAACCCCUGUUGGAGGGUCUCACCCAGUUGGCUGGUACAGGGAGCAGGACCUGUUGAACAAAUCACGUUGUCUGUCCCUUGGUAGAGGGGAUGUGCUUUUCUGGGGGGGCGGGAGAACCCACUUGUCUGGGCUGCCCAGAUUCCUCAGAACUAGCAGGAAGAAAGACUAAGUCUGCUAGUCCAUGGAGACUAUGGCUACCACUGCAACUAUGGGCUCAGGCACAGGGGGAGCAGAGUUCUAACCCUGAGUCCCUGGCUGGAGUUACUGGAGUUCCUACAGGGAGGCUCCACCCAUUGAGAAGGAUGGGUCAGGGUCAGGCCUGAAGAGGCACUACGGCUCCAGUAUGCCACAGCCGGUGUAUUGGACUGUGGGGAACACCUUAUGGGACCAACCCGUCCAGCCUCCCUGGCUUCAGCAGGGGAAAAGCGUGGCCUGGAGCUACAGUGAUAGCUACCACCCUUCCCUCACUCUGGGAGCUUAGUGUGUUAGGCAGCCAGCAGUCCCAGUGUUGGCUGCUGCACCUCCUGCAAGGAGCUUAAAUGGCUUAGACAGCAGGCAGCCACAGCUGUAGUGCUGGCCACUCCUCAGUUGGGAACUUGGCAGGCUUAAGCAGAUUCUAGCUGAGGAGCUGCUGAGAAUCUGCACAGCUCCUUGGCUGGGACUCUAGGCCCCAGUGGAGUAGCCUCAAAAGUAGGAUCUUCUGAUCCAUGGGUGGUACGGUUCCAUGGAACAAGCACAGUUUCACAGGCUAGGUAGCACACUCACUCACCACGUCCCUUGGCUGGAGUGUGGAGACUCCCCUGCCCCAUGUGGCUCUCAGGUGGGACACCAUACCACACUGCUCUUCCUUCCUCUCCACGGGUCAUGCCAGCCACCCAGUCAGUUCUGAUGACAGAACCUGGAUACCUCAGCUGCUAGUGCAGGAUUUGCAUGCUGUUAUAGUUCUUUUCAAUGGAAGCCUCCAAUUGCUGCUGCUUAGUUUCAAAUGGCUGCGGAGGCCUCACAAUCAUGGCAGAAGAUGAAGGAAGAGCAAAGGGAUGUUUUACAUGGCGGAAGGCAAAAGAGUUCUCAUUCUUUUUUAUGGCUGAAUAGUAUUCCAUAGUGUAUAUGUACCAUAUUUUCUUUAUCCAGUCUGUCAUUGAUAGGCAUUUAGGUUUAUUCUAUGUCUUUGCUAUUGUGAGUAGUAUUGCAAUGAACAUAUAUGUGCAUAUGUCUUUAUAACAGAAUGAUUUAUAUUCCUUUGGGUAUAUACCCAGUAGGAUUGCUGAAUCAAAUGGUAUGUCUGUCUUUAGGUCCUUGAGGAAUUGCCACACUGUCUUCCACAAUGGUUGAACUAAUUUACACUCCCACCAACAGUGUAUAAGUGUUUGUUUUUCUCCACAACG